AUGGGGAGGGAAAAGCCCGUGUUGUGCAUCGGAGAGGAACAGCCCAAAAACUGGUUCACUGAGCUGCAGGUGCUGAAAGGACAUUUUGACAUUGUUCGAUUUCUGGUGCAGAUUGAUGACUUCAGGUGUGCCUCGGCAGGGGACGACGGCCUCGUUCUGGUGUGGAAUGUCGAGACCGGAGAGCGGCUGCAGGAGCUGAGAGGCCAUUCCCAGCAAAUCACCGCCAUGACCACCUUCACCUGCAAUAACGGAGCCCUGCCGCACACGUCGCUCAUCACGGCCUCCUCGGACAAGAGUCUCAGCCUGUGGGAUCCUGACACUGGGAACAGGGUUCAGACCAUUUCAGACCUCCAGUCCUCUGUGAAGUGUCUGCUGGUGCUGGAGCGGCUGUGUGUGUGGGUCUCUGGUGGCGAGGAGCUGUGUGUGUGGAGCAAAGACUUCCAGCUGCAGUGUCAGAGACAGAACCACAGCGACACAGGAGUAACUGCUUUGAUUGAGCUGCCGAAGAACUGCAUCGCAGCGGCUAUGGAUAAAGUGAUCGUGAUCUACAGGCUGACAGUCUCGACUGAUUCCUCUCUGUCCAUGUCUGAGAUCCGCUGCCUGUCCGACCACCAGGACCAGGUCCGAGCUCUGAUCAACAUCAACGACGGCCUCUUUGCCAGCGGCUCUCACGCAGGCGAGUUGAUCUUAUGGGACGCGGUCGAUUGGAACAUCCUGGCCUACGAGCACAUCCUGUGGGAGAGUCACAGACCCCUCCCUCAAACUGAAAUACGCAUAGGCGCUCCUAAACGUGAGAUGUCCAUUCAGCACCUGACCACCAACGGGAAGCUCAUCCUCGCAGCAGUGGGCAGCGGCCUGUAGUACAGCGUUCAGACAAAGACAGUGGUGGCCUACAGGAAGGUGGCACAUGACUCGAAUGUUUUACACACCAUGCUGUUGUCUGACAGCGAGCUCAUGUCGUGCUCUGAAGACGGCAGUGUGAGGAUGUGGGAGAUCCAAGACCUCCCUUUACCUGCAGAACCAACCUCUCCAGGCUUCUUUGGGAUGUGGACUUUCGGCCGAUCGAACAAACAGAGCGGCCCUCCUUCAAAGAAACCCGCAGACGUCCCUCACGUCAGGACACUGGAGCUGACGGGGGAUCUGAUCGGACACUCGGGGGCGGUGCAGAUGUUUGUGAGCUUCAAGGAGAACGGAUUGGUCACCUGUUCGACGGACCACCUGCUGAUUCUGUGGAAGAACGGAGAGAGGCAGUCCCACCUGCGCAGCCUGGCGCUUUUUCAAAAACUGGAGGAGAACGGAGGACUCUGACUCGACGUUUGAAUCGUCUAAUUUGUAAAAAUUUGCUGCCUUAAGAACAAAGGAGAGAUGUAAAGUUGUGGUGUUGAUGUUGUUGAAAAAACGAUUUGAAUUGACUGUAAUGAUCGUCGUCUGCACGCCAUGAUAACGUGAUGGUUGUUGUUUUGCCUUAUGACUGAAAAAAGUUAAACUCCAGUAAAUACCUCAUCUCAGAAA